CCUUCAAAUUUUAUUGACUUACAGUACAUGUUUUUCUUUGAAGUCAGCAUUGGGGUCAUAGCCAACAUGGUUCUGCUUCUCUUUCAUGCCUUAAAAUUCUUUCUGGAGCAUAGGCCCAGGCCUACAGAACUGACCAUUGGUCAUCUGGCCCUUAUACACACAGUGAUGCUUAUAACUGUGGGAUUCAUAGCUAUAGACAUAUUUGGGUAUUAUGCCUUGGGAGAUGACAUCACAUGUAAAUGUGUAAUCUAUUUGUACAGGUUAAUGAGGGGUCUUUCUGUCUGUAUCACCUGCAUGCUGAGUGUCCUCCAGGCAGUCACCCUCAGCCCCAGAAGCUCCUGUUUGGCAAAGUUCAAACAGAAAUCCCUGCAUCAGAGCCUGUAUUGCUUUCUCUUUUUAUGGAGCCUCAAUAUGUUCACAACUUGUCAUUUCUUAAUCUCCACUGUUGCCACUCCCAAUGUGACCUCACACAGCCUCAUGUUUAUCACUCAAUCUUGUUCUCUUUUUCCCAUUAGCUCCUCUCUCAAGUACAUAUUUUUUUCACUGCUAGGUUUCCAGAACAUGUUCUUUAUAGGUCUAAUGGCACUCUCAAGUGGGUAUAAGGUGGUUCUGUUGUGCAGACAUGAAAGGCAGUCCCAGAAUCUUCACAGCACCAGCUUGUCCCUAAAAGUAUCUGCAGAAAAGAAAGCCACCAGGACAGUUUUGUUGCUCAUGAGUUUUUUUAUUUUCAUGUACAUUUUGGACAGUGCUAUUGCAGUUACUUCUGAAAUGUUGUGGAAUUUUGACCAAAUUCGUCAUUCUGUCCAACUGUUAGUUGGCAAUGGUUAUGCCACAGUCAGUCCUUUGGUUCUCAUCAUUGCUGAAAGAAGAGUGAUAACAUUCUUUAGAUCCAUGUGUAAGAAAUAUGAUAAAUUCUUGUGA